AUUUGAACCAAAAAAAAAAAAAGGUGCAAAGGUUGUUGAAGCGUAGAAGAGAACACAAGAUAAGGAUUAAAGAUGCAGUGUUGGUGUUUGUUCGUCGGUCCAACGAGGCCUUGCAACCUUGUCAUCUCAAAACACGCCACGCCGUUUAACAAGCCUGUUGUUCCCUCCGUCUCAGCCACGUCUCUCCCACGGCGGCCCCUCCCCGACGUCUCCACCACCCAACAAGCCGAGGAGUUAGGUCACACCCUCCUUGGCACUCUCCAAUCCAAUCCACUUCCAAUUCCAAAACAACAACAACAACAACAAAAGCAAGAAGGCAGGGAAGCGCAGAUUAGAGGGUCAGAUGUACUUUGGGCGUUGCAGAGAGCAAGUGCUCAUAAGAAGAAGAAGAAUAAGCAGGAGCAACGGAGGGGAUCAUCCUCUGCGGUCAGUCGCAUGGAAGAAAGUGCUGCGGACUACAGCAAUGUUCGCCCACUUUGCAUAAAUAACCACUGGGGUGCUAAAUUGGAUGACUUGGAGAAACGUCUUUGCGAGCUUUCACAUACCAUUUGAUUUUCAGUCUUGUUAUUUUACAUUACAACAGUUUUUUUUUUUCAUUGUUAAUAUGAGAAAUAUGUUUUUUUUUCAUUGUUAAUAUGAGAAAUAUGUUUUUUUUUUUUUUUUUUUUUAAUUUUUGCUUUGGAUUUUCUGUUAAUUUUAUAUAUAAUGGCAUAUUUAAAUUGCUUAUUGAUAAAUUAACCGAAAAUGACAGAAUUUCGUAGUUUAAUUUACAUGCUUGCCUUAUUGGUUAUUGUUCUGUUAUAUUUGGGACAUAAUUUUAAUUGUUAGGUUGAUUCCACUGAACUGCUAUGUUGAUGUGUGUCUCUAUAUGGAACUAGAGUACGUGUUAACAUUGGAAUUUCCAAGCUAAUCCAUAUUCCUUGUCUGUCUGUUUUAUUCAUGUUUUUCUCUGAGAUCGGAUUUCUUGUUAUAUUCUUGCCUUUAACAAAAAAUGCACGCAGAUUUGGAACAUCUGUUGACAAAUACAUUUGGCAGUCAUAUAUUUCUAAAUAAAUCAUUUGAUCAGUUCGCCAUAAAAUCCUGAAAUUGACUCAGUCCUUCAUUUGAUCAGUUCAGAAAUAAAAUAUGCAUAUAACACAGCAAAGUAAAGCCAUUCAGCUGGUAUUAUGUUGUUUGACAUCUUGAAAUUCUUGCAGCUCUACAUGGUUGAAUUUCAAAUUAGCUUGAUAGGCUUGCAGGAUGCUGCAGUUAGUUAAACAAACAAACUUGUAUUUCCAUUGUAGAGCUGCCGUAGCCGAUCAGUGUUUCAGUAGCAGAGAGAUAGAGAAGGUGUGGAGAAUAUAAAAUACCUGAGAAAUAACUCCAAGAACACCUAAGGAAACUCUGGCUGCAUUAAGAUCUUCGUCAGAUUCGUUAAGAUCCCGAACCUUAGCAUAACCAUCUUCAGGUCCUGCGGGGCUAACAAUUCGAAGCUCCAC